GUGAAAGCAAAGAUGGCGAACGAACUGGACCGAGUGCGAAUCUCAGCUGCGGAACUCCGAGCUGAAGCGUCGACUUCAAACAAUUUAACCGACUGUCAAAAAGCGGAGCAUCAUGUGAAUAAGCAGCAUAAGAAACGUGAAGGGAAGCGCCCUGAUCUGCAGCGCUAUCAGCCAGUACCUGGACAUGGACGGCGCCGCUGUGAAAGUGAGGAGGGAGAAGCUGGUCACAGUGAACCUCUGACUGCUGAUUCAUGUGAGCAUGAUCAGCCCUCACAGUGUGAGAAAAAGAGCGUCUCUGAAAAAAUUAUUGAGAAGCAUAGGUGCACAUAUGAAGGAAUGGACACUGAAAAUUUGGAAGAAGACAGGACGAGAAGUGAUAGUAGUGGAAAUCAGGAUUGUAGAAGAGGUGGUCUGUCACAGGCUAAAACGGAAGCAAGUCAAAGAAAAGACUUUGUAGAAAAUGACAGUGAACAACAGGAGCCUGCAGGGCCUGCUAAGCCUACAAAGAAAGCCCGUAAACCAGACAGAGAAUUUUAUCAACCUGGUAGUCGGAGGAAUAUUCAGGGAAAGGACAAUGGAGUUGGAAGUGAGCAGGAUAAGCAUGCUUUUAAGAAGAAUGAACACAAAACUAAGCCAGAAUCCCAACUGAUUACAGUGGAAAGAGAGGGGAACAAUAAAACUUCUGUACAGAAGCCCAGGCAGAAAGAUGAAGGAGUCAGAGGGACCCAGGAAAACGUAAAGCAGUUAAAAUCUAGUGACUCCAACAGGAAGCAAGACAGUCGAGAUGUAAGCAAACCUCCGUUGCCUUCUGAAUCUUCGAUAGAGAAAAUUUCUCAUAAAUUAGAAAAGCUCAGUGUGAAAGAAAAGGAUAAAGUUGGAUGUGGAGGUAUUGAGAGCUCACUUUCUGGUGUUGGAAAAACAGCAGAUAAAAAUCCAAUAAGUCCAGGAAAGGGAACAAAAGAGGAGGAAGAUAAGGUUGAGAAGAAGAGGGAAAGGGGGAACCGCAGAAGAAGGGGGGGAGAAAAGGAAAAAGAGAGAAAUCAGGAUGCUAGUAGAGGAGACAUUGAAGUGAGUGUUGGAGGGAAGAGAGAUGGGAGGAAAGCUGAGAAAGAAAGAAACAGGAAAGCACCUGAAGGUGAUAAGGAUAAUAAACCAGGUAAACCAGGAGAGCCACUCCAAGGCAAAGGAAGAGAGAACCACAAGGAAAAUAGAAGAGGUGACAACAAUAACAACCGAUCCAGAGAUGCUGAAAAAGAUUCUAGGAUGCAAAGAAAUGUAGAAAAAGGGGACAGAAGCAAACUCAACGCAAACACCACAACAGCAGCUUCCAAACGCUAUUCCAAGUCAGAUAUCCGACGCUCACGAAAUCGAACUUACAGCAGCAGCUCAGCUAGCAGCGUGACUAGCCUGGAUGGCCCAGGAAGAGGAAUGGAUGUGGAGAGCACUAAGUGGUCACAUUUGGAGCCAAAAUUCAUCAACAAAGAGGGCAUGGCUCAUAGUGGAGAAGGGCGGAGGAGUCAUCUCCAAAGCUGGACAACCAAUGGGGAGUCUUCUACAGAAUCACUUGAAGGGAGUGAGAUGAGUGAUGUAGCAGAGGAAAGGAGAAGGAGAAGAAGAGGUAGAGAUGAUGAGCUGUGUUCAGAGAGGCAAAGAGAAGAAAGGAAUAGAUCAAGGGGAAACAAAGGUGGAUGUCGGGGAAUCCUAAGAGUGCCUCUAGAAAACCAGUCAGGUACCCCAACACGUGGUGGGGCUGCUCACCAUCGCUCCCAAGGUUCUGUUUCACGUGGCAGAGGGGGGGGUAUCCUUGUUCUCCCAACCAGAACAGACGUCUCUAAUCCCCCCGAGGUCGGUCAGAGGCUUCUUUUUGGUGGAAUAAGAGGUGGAGCAGCUGGCAGGAGUAGAGGAGGCAGAGGAGGAGGAGUGAGACGACUCUGGGAUCCAAAUAACCCUGACCAGAAACCAGCUCUUACUGGCACCCAGUCCUCACAACACUCAUCUCUCCAACAGCCUGUUUAUCUUCAGACAGGAUAUGGACAGCUUCACUUUUUAGACACAGACGAUGAGAUCACAGGGAGUCCUCCAGUUCCACAGGGGGAUAAUUUUCUAUCAAAGCAAGCCGCUGCCAUGGCAUACUACAAAUUCCAAAAAUCUGACAACCCCUACUUCUACCCCAUGUCCUCUGGCAACACACAGAACCCUGGCAAUACCACCAACCAGCAGUAUUCAUAUCCUUAUCAUAUGGGGCCAUUUCAAAUGGGUCCUAACAAUGGUGUGUACCCGGGCCCCGGUAUGGGUCAAUUCUGUGGUAGUUACAAAGGAGCAGCUUAUUCCCAGACUGCUGCAGGAGCUGGUUUGAGUUUAGAAGAGGCAGAACAACAAGCCCGAGGUGAGCUGGGGAGGAUGCUGAGGGCUGCAGAUGCCCAAGAGCUUCAGCUCAGUAACCUGCUGUCCAGGGACAGAGUGAGCGCUGACGGACUGGAUCGUAUGGGCCAGCUUAGAGCUGACCUUCUGGGCCUGUAUGAGCAGGUCAUCCUGACAGACAUUGAGUAUUCAGACUCUCAGAAUGUGGAUCAGGCUUUGUGGAAGAAUGUCUUUUACCAAGUCAUUGAGCGCUUCCGACAGUUACUCAAAGACCCCACUUAUGACAACGCUCCUCAUAUCAGGAACAUGCUGCUCACACUUCUUGAUGAGGGAGCUCUGUUUUUUGACGCUCUUCUUCAGAAGCUGCAGACAGCAUAUCGGUUCAAGUUGGAGGAAUAUAUGGAUGGUAUGGCGAUAAGGGCUCGGCCAUUACGCAAAACGGUCAAGUAUGCACUCAUCAGUGCUCAACGCUGCAUGAUAUGUCAGGGAGACAUAGCUCGCUACCGGGAACAAGCAAGUGACUCAGCUAACUAUGGCAAGGCUCGCAGCUGGUACCUGAAAGCCCAGCAGAUUGCCCCUAAAAAUGGACGACCAUAUAACCAGCUGGCCCUGCUGGCUGUCUAUACUAAGCGGAAGUUGGAUGCAGUUUAUUAUUACAUGCGCAGCUUGGCAGCUUCCAACCCCAUCCUGACAGCAAAAGAAAGCCUGAUGAGUCUGUUUGAGGAAGCUAAGCGAAAGGCUGAGCAGCUGGAGCAAAGGAGGAGACAGGAGCAUGAAGGAGGCUCCAGGGGUCCAGCAGUAAGAGGAAGGGGAAGAGGGGAAGAUGGAGCUCGUGUAGAGAUUUGGAUUCGCCCCAUUGGUCAAGGUUUAACCCCUUCUUCACAGAGAGGAGGUAGUGAAUCCAGCAGAGACUCUGAGCAGGAUGGAGAACUGGGCAAUCUCAGUGCUAGUGAUCUAAAUAAAAGGUUUAUCCUGAGUUUCCUGCAUGCACAUGGAAAGCUCUUCACUAAAGUGGGCAUGGAGUCCUUCCCUGAUGUAGCCGGCCGGGUUUUGCAGGAGUUCAGGAGACUACUUCAGCAUGGCCCAGCCCUGCUAGGCAGCACUCACAUGCUGCAGAUCAUAACUAUCAACAUGUUCACCAUACACAAUGCCAACAGUAGAGGUGAAGAUGGAGAAGUUCGGUCUGUUUUGCAAGAGCAAAGUACUGCCCUGGGUUUGGGCAUGUUUGCACUGCUUGUACAGCGCUGCACAGAACUGCUCAGAGAUACUCCUACAGAACCAGUAUCAAUGGCAGAUGGAGAAGAGGAAGGUAAAGGCGAGGAGCUUGAGGGUAUGGUGAGGGUUUCUGCUUUUCCAGUGGACUUGAGGGAACUGCUACCCAGCAUCAAAGUCUGGUCUGACUGGAUGCUGGGACACCCAGAUCUUUGGAACCCACCGCCAUCUAGUUUGGAAAACAGCCCUGAUGUUUGGCAGUGCCUGGCUGACUUGUGUAACGCGCUGGCAUGCGUGGACCAUGGGGAAGUGCCGCUGUACAAGGCUGACACGGACGAGAGCGAGGGAGACGAGGAGUUGAUGGUGCUGCAACUGAAAGAGGACAGACUUCUUGCUGGCUUUGUACCACUGCUGGCUGCACCACAGGAGCCCUGUUACACCGACAGACACACUGAAAUGGCAAUAGCAGCAGAUUGUAAGAGGGUCACAGUGCUCAAGUACUUUCUGGAGGCUUUGUGUGGACAGGAAGAGCCCCUGCUGGCCUUCAAGGGGGGAAAAUACAUCUCUGUGGCUUUAUCUCCAUCACCAAACAACUCAGUGGAUAUAAGGAGCAGGCAGGAUUCUCUCACUGAGAAAGAGGCUGAUGAUGUCAUAGUCGAGGCAGAGUCCUCUCUGUCUGCAUCAGAAGGAGACGAGGAUGCUGAGGAGGCAGGUGACAGCGAGAAUGACAUCAGGCAGCUAAAGGCUCGACGUCACAUCCUUGCCAACAAACUGGCACAGCAGCAGAAGCGCAGAGAUAAGAUACAGGCGGUGCUGCAAACCAGUGGACAACUGGAGCUAGAAGUGAGACCUCUCUUUUUGGUUCCUGAUACAAAUGGAUUUAUAGAUCACUGUGAGGGGCUGAAGAAACUCCUCCAUUGUGGAACAUACAUCAUAGUUGUGCCACUUAUCGUGAUUACAGAGUUGGAUGGUUUGGCUAAAGGCCAGGACAACUUCAGUGGAGUGGGGUCAGGAGGCCGCAACACUGGUAGUCGCAGCAACUACAACGUCAGUGCGAAUCAUGUCCAGGCAGUGCAGGAGAAGGCCCAGCUGGCAGUGGCUUUCCUGGAGAAAGGAUUUGAAGCCAGAGAGCCAAACCUUCGAGCCCUGACAAGCAGAGGAAAUCAGCUGGAGUCAAUCGCUUUUCGCAGUGAAGACACCACUGGACAGCAGGGUACCAAUGAUGAUGUGAUCCUGUCCUGCUGUCUCCACUACUGCAAAGACAAAGCUAAAGAUUUCAUGCCUCAUCAGAGAAAUGGGACUGUAAGGCUGCACAGAGAGGUGGUUCUCCUUACAGACGACCGCAAUCUGCGUGUCAAAGCUUUGACCCGCAACGUCCCUGUCCGAGACAUCCCGUCUUUCCUCAGCUGGGCCAAAGUGGGCUGAAUUCAGACUAAGCUGGAAUCAGAGGAACCCAUCUGCUGAAGCCUGCUUGCCACUCAGCCAGGGGAGAAGACACACUUUGGGAAGAAGAGGGGGAGAUAACAGGGGAGAGGAAACAAUGAAGAAAGCCAAGAACCAUCUCUUAAGGAAUAUUUAAGCAAGUGAAAAGAGAGCUAGGUGGUUUGAAUGAGCUCCCCACCCCCCCUUGAGAUGAGGUGUGUGUGUAUGUAUGUGUUAAGAUCAACGAGCUUCCCAAGAAAGAGACAGGGAGACUUGACAAGUCUCAGGAGGGCUGGAUGAGAAAGGAGCAAGGUAAUAAAGGAGUGAUUUGAUUUCUAAGUUGUCUGCCCAGCCUCUGCUCCUAGUUAGUGAGUGUAUUCUGCAAGCGGCAUUCAAAUUUGAGGCUAAUGAUAGAGCAAGGCAGAGAAAGGAAGAGUGUUUGUGGUCAUUUAAUUGAUAAAAGAGAGCAGUAAUGAGGCCACAAGUGGCACUUCCACUCUUCUCUAAAGGAACAGUCACAGAGGCUGCUUUGGCCUCUACAGUAGAGCUGAGAGAAGAAGAAGGAUUGAGUGGAGCACAGCUGGAGGAUCAGUUGGUAGUGUAAAAGGUGUCUGAAUGAAGUUAGGCUCAAUUAAAGGCUGUUUUGUAACAUCAGAACCUCUCAGGAAAGGUUUGUCGGUUUGAGAGCUCCUGCUAACCCAGGAUAUUCCUCCAGCUAAAUGCUAAAAUUCAGUUUGGGUAUUGAAAGAAAAUGCUCUUUAAAAGACACCAACAAAAAUAUUGGUUAUGUUUUAAUUUCUUGAUGCUUUUGCUUGUUUUUGGCUUUUGUGUGACACUUUUGUUUUCUUUGAGGUCAUUUUUUCCAUUUUUUUAAACCUCAUAAACAUCUGAAAGGUACUUCUCAAAACAUGUGGACCCCAGUUAUUUGAAUCAGGUCCCUUUUUUGUUUAAUUUUCCAUAUUUUUUGGCAUAAUAGAAUCAUAAUAUGGACAAUAACAAAAGCAUUCAAAAUCUGGUUGUGAGAAGUUUGCUGAAUGCUCAAGGUCUUUAAAUCAAAAUGAAUCACUUUUUUUUAUGUGAUGUUUCAACGAUAUUUCAAGCCAUAGCACAUUUUCUCGUGAUUGAAUCAAUAAAUAGCAGAUACCAUCUACUACUUUAGACUGCCACAUUGUUAGGAAACAUCAGUCCUUAGUGUUAUUCUGCAGAAACCUUAUUUUCAUAUUCUGUUAGUACCUAUUUCACUCCAUCUUUACACUGCCAUCAGUCUGCUACGGCUUUUCAAAUAAAAACACCUCAGCAGCUUACCUAUUCCUAAAUUGUUUCAAUCACCAACACCUGUUCUUGUCUGUAAAGUGACUCUUUCCUAAGGUCCCCUUUCACUCUUCAUUUAGUAAUGACAUACAUGAGGUCCACCAGCAUAAAUCACAGCCUUUAAAGCUGCAUUUAGUGUAAGCAUCAUUUCACUAGCACAUUUUAAUAUGAAACGCAGGCGUUUUGCGUGCACUGCUUUGCUUUUGAAACACUAACAAGAAAUUCUUGACUUGUUGCAAACCGAUGUGUAUGUGUUUAUUUGUGUCUGGAACUUAAAAUAGGUGUUCAUCACAAUUAAAUCAAUAGUGUCUAUAGGCGUAGCUUCCUUGCUUGCCACUCAUCUCAAAACUCCCACCAGCUGUUAAUGUAUCUGUAUUUGUGUGAACAGUCCGACAGGUUCUCUACAUUUGUUAAUCUCUGUGCAGAUGCUACUGUAGUGUUCAGUAAAACUGGUGCUGCUGCUUUAUUGUCAGAGCAAAUGUAGUAAAGAUGCUGUAUAAUCUGCUUAACACAACAUCCUUAUCUCACCUUUGUUCAAUAAAAAUGUUUUGAAGUCA